CUUCUCACCAAAAACAGCGCACAAUGUCGGAUCGCGCGACGGUGCUGAUGCGCCAUCUGCUGGGCUCUGGUCGUUUUACUCCCGUCCAUGCGUCUGCUUCGAUGCCCUCCUCCGCCACCGCCUCGUCUGCGCAGAUGACACAGUCAUCGUCGUCCACUCCAUCCACUGCGGCUGCUGCUAAGUUGGGCACGGAGGCGGCUGCGGCCACCAGCAGUAGCAGUGCAGUCGGCGGGAUUAACUCGCUCACAGUGGUCGACAACCGGACUGGGCGCAAGUACGAACUGGCCAUCCAGGAUGGAACCGUGCGGGCAAGCGAGUUCAAGAAGAUGGCACUUGCAGCUGCAGACACUGAAGGCAUCAAAAUUUACGAUCCCGCGUAUACGAAUACCGCCGUGGCACGCUCAGCAAUCUCUUACAUUGAUGGUGACAAGGGUGUCCUGCUGUACAGAGGAUAUCCGAUCGAAGAGCUGGCAGAGAAAUCGUCCUUCUUGGAAGUCAGCUUCUUGCUCCUCUACGGCGAGUUGCCCACAAAGCCUGAACUUGAUCACUGGAAUUCAAUGAUCAUGCAUCACACAUUCAUUCACGAAAACCUGCGAGAUUUUAUGCAGUCCUUCCGCUACGACUCGCAUCCGAUGGGCAUGCUUGUGAGCUCGUUUGCUGCCAUGUCUACAUUCCACCCCGAGGCCAAUCCGGCGCUGUCAGGAGCCGACAUUUACAACGACAUUCGCCUGCGCAACAAGCAAAUCCAUCGCAUUAUGGGAAAAGUGCCCACCAUCGCCGCGAAUGCCUACCGCCACCGCAUGGGUCGCCCGUUCAACCACCCGGUCAACCAUCUCACGUACACUGAGAACUUUUUGUACAUGAUGGAUCGCCUCAGUGAGAGCAACUACCGUCCCAACCCGCAGCUCGCGCGCGCGCUUGACAUUCUCUUCAUUCUCCAUGCCGAUCACGAGAUGAACUGCUCAACUGCGGCGAUGCGUCACAUUGCCAGCUCGCAAGUGGAUCCUUACACGGCCAUGUCUGGCGCUGCCGCUGCUCUCUACGGCCCCCUUCACGGCGGCGCAAAUGAGGCUGUCCUCCGCAUGCUCGAGCAAAUCGGCACUGUUCAGAAUGUGCCUGCGUUUAUCGAGUCCGUCAAGCAAAAGAAGGGCAAGCUGUUUGGAUUUGGCCACCGCGUGUACAAGAACUAUGAUCCUCGUGCCAAGAUUAUCCAGCGCAUUGCGUAUGAGGUCAUUGAAAUUUGCGGCGGAAACGAACCCCUCAUUGAAGUUGCGGUCGCUCUCGAGAAGGCCGCUCUCUCCGAUUCGUACUUUAUCGACCGCAAGCUGUAUCCCAACGUGGACUUUUAUUCUGGUCUGAUUUACCGAUCCAUGGGGUUCCCAACUGACAUGUUCCCGGUGCUGUUUGCCAUUCCUCGCGUGGCGGGCUGGCUUGCUCACUGGAACGAGGACAUUGAGAAGGGCGAACGGCGAAUCUGGCGUCCUUUGCAGGUCUAUGUGGGCGAGAAAGAGCGCGCGUACGUUCCCCUGCAACAGCGUCAAGUCGCCUCCAGCAAAUCCCUCGCCGGCUAUCCGAGUCAAUUUGGGAAGCGCAGCAGCAUGGCCAAGUGAUGUGGACUCCUUCCCUGGCUGCUAUCUGAGUUGAUGUUUGUCCGAAGUGAGAAUUUUUGGGUGUUUUUUUUUGUUUUUCUUCCAAUACAAAUUCGGAUAACACGG